AUGCCAGGCUAUCUUGGUCCUACGUCCACCUGGGCUUUUUGUCGACGUGCACUGUUCGUGCUGGGCCCUCACUCGCCUGGUGCCUUUGAUAACUCUGCCGGCCUAAAUAACGAUGGCACAGCCUUUCGAUUACGAUGGGUCACGAAACCAUCCGUCGAGCCGAGUGACUUGAACAACUUGCCUGCUGCCGACUAUGCGCGCUACCUCUACGACUCUGUCAAGUUUCGACUGGGAGAGCUUUUCGGCAUCGUGGAUGAGGCGAACUUCAUGUCUCAUUUCGAGCUCUUCCAUCGCCAUCAGUGGCAGGUUGCGUCUACACAGCGGCUGUGGUUCGUCGAGUAUCUCCUCAUCCUGGCGUAUGGGAAGGCUCUGCUGAGCCAUCCCGACCGGUCUGCGGUGCCAGGGAGUGAGUUUGCAGCGCGUGCCAUGGCUCUGCUACCGGAUGCUGCGCAAUUGCAUGAAGAUGGCCCGCUCGCCAUUGAGGUGUUAGCCUUGGUCGCGUUGUACUUUCAGUCCAUCGAUAUGCGUGUGACUGCCUACCAAUAUAUCGGCCAAGCGUUGAGACUAUGCUAUGUCGAAGGCAUUCAUCUGCACAUUCCCGACGACGUCAUAAGCUCCGAAUUCUCUCUGCGAUGUAAAAAGGUCUUUUGGGUCACCUAUGUGCUGGAUAGAGAGCUGUCAUCGUUAAUGGGCGCAAUCAUGCCCGUCGCGGAGGAGAACAUCACGGCCUUCAUCGCACCAGAUCGACAAACUUCGAUCUUGGACAAAGCUUUGAUGCUCCGAGUACGAAUCUCUCGUCUGAUUGCGACCACAUGCACGACCUUGUACAGCGUUGACGAACGCUUCGGGACAUUCUUCGUGAAAAACACGACAUGGAUUCUGCAUCGACUCGCCGAAGUGUCACACGAGAUUGAGAAUGUCAUGAACGGGCUCAAUCAGCCUUCCAAGUGUGAAAUGCCCCAUAUGAUCACGCGAAUCAUGCUCUCCUACCACCACUGCAUCGUCCUCGCCAUCCGUCCCCUCGUCAUGUGGCUCCUCAUAUCCAGUCUCCCUCCCGCCGCCUCCGCCCCGCAACAACUCGCAGCCCCCAUCUCCGCCCUCCUCCACACCGCCGUCAACUCCGCCACCACGAUGAUCACCACCCUCAAAAAUCUCACCGAACAAGGUCUCCUCGAGACCUUUUUGCCCUUCCAACUCGAAUACGCCUUCUCCUCAGGCAUGCUCCUGUCCAUUCUCGGCUCCAUUCUCCCCUCCUACAUCUCCGACGACAACAACUGGAAUCACACAUUACAUUUCAUUCUCGAUGAAAUGACCAAAAAAUCCAACGUGGUGGCUCCGUUGAGAAAAUUCGAAUUGCAGACUUUACAUCGCUUGUUGGAUCCUGUACGUACUCAGGAACCGCUGAUUCUGCCGGGAUUGCAUGAGUCGGGAUAUUUCUCGGGUCAGAAUGUUGCUGUUCCUCCUCCUCCUCCUAAUAAUAAUAAUAAUACUUCUCCUACUGAUCCCGAACAUCAUCACAUCGCCGCUACUGCUGCUGCACCAACAACAACAACAACAACGACAUCAACACUACCCAACAACAACAGUAAUCCCCCACCAACGGAAACAAAUCACAAUAAUAAUCACAAUAAUCCCAAUCUCUACAUCUCAUCAUCAUCCACAACAAGUACCUGGGAUUCCACUUCCCUCUACGACCUAGUGGGAAUCGGACCUUCUGCCCAGCCGGAAUUAAUGUUAGAGUUGGCUGCGCAGCUCGCAGAGGAAGAUUUUGAUCCUUCGCAGUUUUUGUUGGGGCCGGUUGAAUAA